CUACUCGAUUUGCUAACAUCAAGCAAGCCUUUCUCUCUCUUGUACUUCUAUCGGACGUUUGGUUUCCGGAGAAGAUGGUGAAGCUUUCCAAGUACGUCCUUGGUCAUGUGUUUGUUGUGAUGUUGGUGCUGUUGGUGAUAGGCCUUGCAGAAUGUCGGAAAUUGGAGAAAGAUGAGUUUUCUGAUGGCAGAGGAGGUGGCUUUGGAGGUGGUUCCGGUGGAGGAUAUGGAGGAGGAAGAGGUGGUGGUGGAGGCUUUGGAAGUGGAAGAGGUGGUGGUGGUGGAUUUGGAGGAGGAAAAGGUGGUGGUGGCGGCUUUGGGGGAGGAAGAGGGGGUGGUGGUGGAUUUGGAGGAGGAAGAGGAGGUGGUGGAGGUUCUGGAGGAGGGUUUGGAGGAGGAAGAGGGGGUGGUGGUGGCUCUGGAGGAGGAAGAGGCGGUGGUGGCGGCUUUGGAGGUGGUUCUGGAGGAGGGUUUGGGGGAGGAAGAGGAGGUGGAGGUGGAGGAGGAAGAGGUGGUGGCGGUGGCGGUGGCUUUGGAGGAGGCGGUGGUUCUGGUGGGGGAAUUGGUGGUGGGUUCUAAUCCAAAAAUAUUAGCGAUCUUAUUCGCCGUAUCAUGUAAUGUAAAUCCAUGCGCCAGCAUGCAUGGAUAAGGUACUUAUAUGUAAGAGGUGGAAUAAAAAGCAGCUAGUAAUGCAUGCAAAUAUUAUGUAAUCACCGGUUGAAUAAAUGUAAUCUGGCCUCUAGUUCCAUAUA